AUACAUGCGCCCUUUUACGCACCCCAAACUGAUGGUCCCACGCCAUCAACGCACCCUCCUUGCCACGUGCCAAUCACGGGCUCCUCGCACCCAAACUCACAGCACCUACCUUUUCACACACAACCACACACGCUCGCCCACCUCCCACACGCGUGACAAACCCUAGCCCUCGCACGCUCUCUCCUCCGCCGGCCCUCCGCCGGAAAUCGCCGACCACUCUCUCCCCGCCCCUAAAACUCCCCGUAGCUUCUCCGCCUCCUCUCCGGCCGCUUCGCCGGAACAUUCUCCCGGAACGACGCCGGUUCGGAAGCGAUUCGGGGCUAAGUUUCUGAGUCGGAGAGCAAGAGUUGUUCUUCGGAGCUUUUGAUGUAUUUGUGUGUAAAUGAGAUGUGACAGGAGAAUGAUCGUGGAGGGAGAAUGGCGGAUUCGUGCUAUAACGGUUUCUGAUUUUCGUAAUUGACUGGUUUUGCAAGCUGAUUCUGCAAAGCAGAAGUACAAUGUGACUGUAUUGGUUAGGAGAAUAAGAGUGUAGGAAUUAGGAUUCCUUGCAAAGUGGGACAAUGGCGACAGAGAUUCAGAGAUUUGGAGCAAGUGAAGAUGAUGAGGAUGAAAUGGGGAUGGAUGUGAAAGAAGAAGAUGAUGAAGACGAUGACGAUGAAGAGAAGAAUAAUGAGGCUACCAUAAUGGGAGGUGUUGAUGGGGGGCUUACGUCAAGCAGCAAUAAUACUAGGUUUCAGCAGCACCAACAAUAUCAAGAGCAACCAACUCCGCUAUCAGGGGCUCGAAGGUGUAGACCAGUGGAAGAGAAGGAGAGAACAAAAAUACGAGAGCGACAGCGGAGGGCAGUCACUGCAAAGAUCUUGGCCGGACUCCGAAGGCACGGGAACUAUAAUCUUAGGGUAAGGGCUGAUAUAAACGAUGUCAUUGCGGCCCUGGCAAGGGAAGCCGGUUGGGUUGUUCUCCCUGAUGGAACCACCUUUCCUUCUACAUCACAGGGCACCAGACCUGCUGGUGGUGCAUCUGCCACAGCAUUGACGUCAACAUCUUUGCAUGUACCGGUGCAGCAGACCCCACCUGCUUCCUCGAGGGGCAUAUGCUCUGGCUAUAAGAGUUCAGUGGAUUAUCCUUCUUGUGACAUGAAAGGUGCUUAUGUGCACACAUCAUCCCCUUAUGAUGGAUCCUCGAGUUCCCAAUCCCAGACGGCUGCCAUGGUUGGAACGGGAGCAGCAGCAGAAAAUCAUCCCCUUAUUGGGAGCUCCAUGGAUGCUGUUGAUGACAAACAGGUUAUCGAUAUACCCCAAAAGUUACAGGAGCGUGAUUUUGCAGGCACGCCUUGUGUUCCAGUAUACGUGAUGCUACCAUUGGGUGUCAUCAAUAUGAAGUGUGAACUCAUUGAUCAGGAUGGUCUAUUAAAGCAACUAAGAGUAUUGAAAUCAAUCAAUGUUGAUGGUGUUGUGGUCAAUUGCUGGUGGGGUAUAGUAGAAGCACAUGCUCCGCAAGAGUACAACUGGAGUGGUUACAAAAGACUCUUUCAGAUUGUGCGUGAGCUCAAGCUCAAGCUACAGGUUGUAUUGUCCUUUCAUGAGUGUGGGGGCAAUGUUGGUGAUGAUGUUUGUAUCCCGCUGCCCCAUUGGGUGGCAGAAAUCGGUCGAAGGAAUCCUGACAUAUUUUUCACAGAUAGAGAGGGAAGGCGAAACCCUGAAUGUCUCUCUUGGGGAAUUGACAAGGAACGUGUUUUAAGAGGCCGCACGGCUGUAGAGGUUUACUUCGACUACAUGAGAAGCUUCCGGGUGGAAUUUGACGAGUUCUUUGAUGAUGGGAUAAUCUCUAUGAUUGAAGUUGGGCUGGGUCCAUGUGGAGAGCUACGAUACCCAUCUAAUCCUGUAAGGCAUGGUUGGAGAUAUCCAGGUGUUGGUGAAUUCCAGUGUCAUGACCAGUAUCUGUUGAAAAGCCUGAGGAAAGCGGCUGAAGCAAGGGGACACUCUUUCUGGGCUCGAGGACCAGAUAAUGCAGGUUCCUACAAUUCCCGGCCACAUGAAACUGGAUUUUUCUGUGAUGGGGGUGAUUAUGAUGGCUAUUAUGGCAGGUUCUUCCUAAACUGGUACUCUCAGGUUCUUCUUGACCAUGGUGCCCGGGUACUUUCUCUGGCGAAGUUGGCUUUUGAAAGCACUCGCAUUGCUGCAAAGCUAUCAGGUAUUCAUUGGUGGUACAAGACAGCCUGCCAUGCUGCUGAAUUAACUGCUGGAUUUUACAACUCGUGCAAUCGUGAUGGUUAUGCAGCAAUUAUGGCAAUGCUAAAGAAGCAUGGGGCUGCUCUAAACUUCGUGUGUGCUGAAUGGGGCACGUUAGACCACCAUGUGGACUUCUCAGAGGCAGUUGCAGAUCCGGAUGGGUUAGCCUGGCAAGUGCUGAAUUCUGCCUGGGAUGUUUGUACACCAAUUGCUAGCGAAAAUGCUCUUGCAUGCCAUGACAGAGAAAGCUAUAACAUGAUCUUGGAAAGAGCCAAGCCUAUGAAUGAUCCGGACGGGAGGCAUUUUUGUGCUUUCACUUACCUCAGACUUGGCCCACUUCUCAUGGAAAGACACAACUUCAUGGAAUUUGAACGAUUUGUCAAGAGAAUGCACGGGGAAGCAGUUCUUGAUCUCCAUUCAUAGGUCAAAAGGAGCAAGGGAUUUGCAUUCUCUCUCCCUUACCGCAGAAGAACUAUGCAUUCUGUUUCCCUUCCUCUCUGAAGGACUUUGGGAACCAUGCUCUUUAUAUAAGAUGAGGAUCCACCCCUGUACAUGAAAUGUCACAGAUAAAAAGCAGCCUACCUUUCUGGAUCAAAGUCUCUUGCCAUGUUUGCGAUCUGCUCAAACAUCUGAACUACCAGCCAAUUCACUGAUGGAGUCAUGUGGCGGAGAGAUUCAUUUGUUUCUUAUGAUCGAGGGCAGUAAGAGCUGGAAAGGAACAAUCAUUGGAUUUGGAAUUCAUUAAGUAGUUAGGUAGAUCUUGUUUGUAGAAGUUUUUUUUCAAGCCAAUUCGGCACUUCUAAGUUAGAUAUUUCAUAGGGUGUUACCAUGAAAUUUUCAGCAGCUCUGUUAUUGUGCUUGAAUUGUGUAUGUAAUGAUAAAUGAUUGUCAUUCUCCAUUUAAUUCAUUGGGGACAACACCGACAAUUCUUGUAGGAAAGUUCAUUUACAUUUGGAAGAAAACUCUACCUUUUAACAAAUAUAAACUGAAAACUCUACCUGUGCUGCUUCAUCAAUA